CAAAGCUGUGCCUGAGGGAUUUGUCACCUGACAUUCAGCAUUGCCAGAACUCCCAGCACAGCUAGAAGAGUUGCAUUUCCUGACGUUGCCUCCCUGCUGUCUCAUGAGAACAUUAGUGGUAUCCGCUUUGACUCAAAAUUGCAUAGAAAACAGAAGAUUUGGCAAGCUCCAAAACAUACAGGAGAUGGGACUGAUAGCAUUCCACACAUCUUAAGCUUAAUAUUAAAGUGACGAACAAUCUACAGCUACUAUGGAAAAAGCCGAAUUGUUCGUGUUUCCACCAUCCAUUAGCUCAUAAUUCCCUUUUCAAGCAGCCUGUUGGUCAAAGAGAGAGAAGCCACCAGCAAUGAAACUCCACACCACACUCAUCCUGGUCAUAGUCUGGCUUGGCGUCUUCGCUCUGCGUACAGCAGAAGGGAGUGUUGCAAGUCAGUCAAUGCGCAAAUUGUCCUGCGUAAAUCUGUCUGCACAGAAAGUGGACAUCAGAAGUAUUGUCAGCUAUGAAAAACAGAAAGUUCCAGUGGAAGCUGUCAUGUUUAUCACAGCAAAUGGUAUCAGGAUCUGUGUACACCCUGAUCAGAAAUGGGUGCAGUCUGCUAUAAAGAGAGUAGAAAGAAGACGUACUGCCAGAAGAAGAUAAUCUUGUCCUUGGCAGGCACCUGAGGCCAACAAAAUGGAAGAAUCAUCACUGCCACACACAACAGGGAAGAAAGCCUUGCUAUCUGCUUUUAAGUCCUACUGGCAAUAAAUUUUCUGAACAAACAUGAACUCAUCGGAAUCUAUUAAUCACUGGUUCAAUGUCUGCUGACUUCUUCAUAUUAUAUCUAGACUCUGUUACACCAUUUGUUGUCUGAAAUGCUUGUCAAUAUUUAUUUACAAAUAAAUGUAGGCAUCUUCUCA